GCGUUCCUGCCCUGGGCGGUCAGUGCUCACCCCAAACGGCGAGUUGAAGAUGUCCGACCCAUUUUCUGGGCCUCCAGGCCGAAGAGUUACAUCUACCGAACUCAGGAAUGGGAUGAGUUUCCUAAUGGCCGCUGGGGUAACUCAUCCUCCCCAGCCUUUGGGGAGCUGAAGGAUUAUUACCUCUUCUACCUGAAGAGCAAAUCUCCCAGGGACGAGCUGCUGAAGAUGUGGGGCGAGGAGCUGACCAGCGAGGAAAGCGUCUUCGAGGUGUUCAGGUGUUACAUCGCCGGAGAGCCCAACAAGGAGGGGCACAAGGUGACCUGCCUGCCUUGGAACGAUGAACCUCUGGCGCCCGAGACCAACCUUAUGAAAGAAGAGCUGGCCAAGGUGAACAGGAGAGGGAUCCUGACCAUCAAUUCCCAGCCGAACAUCAACGGCAAGCCCUCCACCGACCCGAUUGUGGGCUGGGGUCCCGACGGAGGCUACGUCUUCCAAAAGGCUUACCUGGAGUUCUUCACCUCCAGCGAGAACGUCAGAGCCCUCCGAAGAACUACGGCCAGCGAGUGAAUUACCACAUUGUCAAUGUCAAGGUGCGUCCUUCCUCAGUGCCAGAUUACCAAACAGACAGACUGGGCACUGGCCUACGAGCCUAGGGGCCCCUCAACAACGGAUCAAAAUAAUAUUGAUUGGCAUGGUUGGCCAAUUGGUGUCAAGGAAGGACAGGAUGUUUUUUAUGUAUGCUACCACAGCAGCAAG